AUGCGCCAACAACAACAACGACGCCGAUCCUUUCGGUCCGAUCUGGAGCAUGAGAAAGCCCAUCCUGAUGGUAUGUCCACUUUAGUUGAGCUGUUGCAGGAGUCCGGUCUGCAGGCGUCCGUCCACGACAUCCUGAACGAUGGCGAAGAGGACCAGAUGUUCAUCACCGGGUACGAGCGGUGCCUGCGCAAGACGUUCCUGUGCUACGUCGGCUUCAUCCUGACCUUCGGCAUCUUGCGGCUGGUGAUGCACUGGCGGCGCCACUGGCUCCUGUUGGCCACGCACCGGGAGUGUUCACUCGAGCACGCCGAAAAGGUGCUUAUUCACGAGGCGUACCAGCGGAAGCACGAUCUGUUCUACGUCAAGGACGUCAUAACGCUCAGUGAUGAUGUUAUCAGGGAAAUUGUCGACGAAAAGAAAAAACCCACGUCCACCAACGCGCGCAAUGUGAUCCGGGAACUGACGCAAAAUGGCAUCACGGACUAUGUUGCGUUUUUCCGCUCCCUCGUCCCGUUCCAGGUGGCGUACCAUCGGAGCGGCGGCCGCUUCGAGCACGCUAGCACGAUGCGUUACUUCUGCUGCAAGAAACUACGGUACAUUUGGUGCGAUGAUAGCAAGAAGUUUACCAAGCUGCAGGGACUGGACGUGGAAGUACCGAGCGUGCUGAUCCAUCACGCCAAGGGCCUGUCGGUGUACGAGCAGAACAUCCGGCGGUUGAUCUACGGCAGCAACGAAAUCUUUAUCCCACUGCGUGGCGUUCUGACGCUGCUCUUCCUGGAGGUGCUCAAUCCAUUCUACGUGUUUCAGAUUUUCUCGGUGGUUCUGUGGUUUUUUUACGAGUACUACUACUACGCGGUGGUGAUCAUACUGAUGAGCGCGUUCGGUAUAACCGUUUCGAUCAUCCAAACCCAGCGCAACCAGCGGGCACUCUAUUCGACUGUCAAGAGCACCGACACGGCGAUGGUGGUACGGGACGACCUGGAGUCGCACGUGAUCGAGACACGGCUGCUGGUGCCGGGCGAUGUGCUGGAGAUACCGGCCACAGGUUGUACGAUGCAGUGUGACGCCGUUCUGCUGUCCGGUAACUGUAUCCUCGACGAGUCGAUGCUUACGGGUGAGAGUGUCCCAGUAACGAAGACCCCUCUUCCGCUGCGGCGCGAUUUGAUCUACAACCGCAAAGAGCACGCCCGGCAUACGCUGUUCUGCGGGACACGUGUCAUCCAGACGCGCUACAUCGGCAGCGAGAAGGUGCUGGUGAAGGUCCUAAACACGGGCAACAUCACGGCAAAGGGUGGACUGAUUCGGUCGAUCCUCUACCCACCGCCGGUGGACUACAAGUUCGAAAAGGAUUCGUACAAGUUCAUCACCGUGCUGGGAAUCGUAGCGUUCUGCGGGUUCGUUUACACACUGUACACCAAGAUUAGCCGAAGCAUCGGUGCGGUGAAGAUUAUUGUAGAGUCGCUAGAUUUGAUCACGAUCGCCGUACCACCGGCCUUGCCGGCCGCGAUGACUGUCGGCCGCAUGUACGCGCAGAAGCGGCUGAAGCGCAGCAACAUCUACUGCAUCUCUCCGAGGGCCAUCAACGUGUCGGGCAGUAUCGAUUGCGUGUGCUUCGACAAGACGGGUACGCUGACGGAGGAUGGGUUGGAUAUGUGGGGUGUGCUGCCCAAGGAUUCGACAAAUAGCUUCCAGAUUCCGCUGAAGGACGUAGCACGGUUGCCGAUGAGUGAUCACCUGCUGUUCGGCAUGGUCACCUGCCACUCGAUUACGUUCGUGAACGGUGAGAUGCGGGGCGAUCCGCUUGAUCUGAAGAUAUUCGAGUCGACCGGCUGGAUCCUGGAGGAGGCAAAUGUGUCCGAUGAGACGAAGUACGACAUGCUGUUUCCGACGAUCGUCAAGCCACCGCGCGGUGAUUCGCGGGACGAUUUGAACCUCGAACUGGACGUGGCGUACGAUAAUUCAAACGACAUUGGUAUCGUGCGCGAGUUUUCCUUUACCAGCGCCCUCCAGAGGAUGUCCGUUAUCACGCGAAAGGUGUCCGAUAACCACUUCAACGUGUACGUCAAGGGUUCGCCGGAGAUGAUCAGUUCCCUGUGCCGGCCCGAGAGCAUCCCGGAAGACUUCCAGUCCAAGCUCGGAUUCUACGCCCAGCAGGGCUAUCGGAUCAUUGCGAUUGCGUACAAGCAGCUGGACAAGAAGCUGAACUACCCCAAGGUGCAGAAGAUCGCUCGGGAGAAGGUGGAGUGCGAGCUAAAGUUUCUCGGGUUCGUCAUCCUCGAGAACCGACUGAAGACGGACACGGAGGAAGUGAUCGAAAGUCUCAACGCUGCAAACAUCCGCUCGGUGAUGGUGACGGGAGACAACCUGCUAACGGCCGCCAGUGUGGCGCAUGAUUGUGGAAUGAUUUUGCCGGGUCAAAGUCUGGUAACGUUGACGGCACACGUGGACAAAAUCAAUCCCGACCAGUACUUCCUGUCGUACGAUAUUACCGGCCAGACGCCGCUCACUAAUUCGGACAUUAUUAACGACAAUCGGGUCGCGUCGGAGGUGAAGGAGAACGGUGGUAACUACGCACUCAUGACGGAGUCGAACAGUAUCAGCAGCUCGAUCGAUACCUGCACCAUUUCGACGCAACUAAGCGGUGGUGGUGUUAUCGAUAAAGAUCACGUGCACCGUAUCACGAUCGACGAUGGGCCGGACGACGAUUGUAAUUCAAUGAAAAACGGCGAUGGACUGCAUGCGCUUGCCGGCAAGGGAGGUUCGUUCAGGUUCGCCCUUACCGGCAAAACGUGGGCCAUCAUAAAUGAGCACUUCCCGGAGCUGGUGCAGACGGUAACCACGUUCGGUACGGUGUUUGCUCGCAUGUCGCCAGAUCAGAAGCAGCACUUGAUCACGGGCCUACAGAACCUCGGUUACUAUGUGGCCAUGUGUGGUGACGGUGCGAACGACUGCGGAGCGUUGAAGGCGGCCCACACGGGUAUUUCGUUGUCAGAGGCGGAAUCGUCCGUGGCAUCACCGUUCACCUCCAAGAACCCGACGAUCGCGUGCGUGCCGAACGUGAUCAAGGAGGGCCGGGCGGCACUGGUCACCUCGUUCGGUAUCUUCAAGUUUAUGGCCGCCUACUCGUUGGUCCAAUUUGCCUCCGUUGUGAUCCUUUACUCGAUCGACUCGAACCUCACCGACUGGCAGUAUCUGUACAUCGAUCUCUUCAUCAUCUCGAUCGUGGCGUUCUUCUUCGGCAAAACAUCUUCCUACGACGGUCCGCUGGUAAAGCAGACGCCUUCGAACUCACUGAUUUCCCUCGCACCACUCCUUUCGCUCGCACUGCACAUGAUGGUCGCGAUCGGCAUCCAAAUGGCCGGUUGGUACCACGUGCAGGCACAACCAUGGUUCGAACCAUUCAACUACACUUCCGACCGAGACCUGAAUGAUCACGGUUGCUUCGAAAACUACACCGUAUUCUGCGUCUCCUGCUUCCAGUACUUGAUCCUCGCGAUCGUCUUCUCCAAGGGUGCACCCUACCGAAAGUCCAUCUUCUCCAACUACGGCUUCAUCAUCAGCAUCGUCGUCAAUGCGGCGAUUGCCGUCGUGCUCACCGUUUACCCUCCCACCUGGAUAGCGGGACAGUUUGAGCUGGUGAUGCCACCGGAGGGAGAGUUCCGCUUCCGCCUGUACCUGGUGGCGUACGGACUGAUCAACUUUCUGCUCUCGCUCUUCAUCGAAAAGGUGCUCGUGGACGAAAUUGCAUUCAAGCGGCUGCGCUAUCGAUGGCACAACGUCACUAAAUCGCGCCGCAAGUACUUACUGAUCGAGCAAAACUUCCACCGUGACAUCCACUCGCCAAGCGACUUUAAAGCCGUGUUCGGGUGGUCGAACGAAAAGUACGAUUACUGACGCCACCUUCCGUCGUCGGUGGCCACAGUCACGGCCGAUGGUUCGGUAUUGGUGGUGGUGGAGCGAGAUCGACCACGCUGCUUGUUGGUCGAUGGUGUGCAGCUGAUGACCACAGUGCUGCUUGGCGUAACGCUGCUCAUCGUUUGCCACUGGAAGGACGCCGGGUACUACAACAGAGAGGCCAAGCUUCGGUAGCACCCUCCUACCGGUGGUGGCAUCGUAACGUUUUUAUUUCCUUUUUUGCGUCUAUGUACGCUUCCGAUCAGAAACUAUUCGGACAGACGAUACAAACCUCGCCCUUAACGGGGAGAUAUACAACCAAAUUGUUGAUACUGUUUUGUGAUACACGUCAUUUUGCUUCCUGUACGAUGUUGUUGUUUUCAGCACGGAGCGCGUGUGGCGGAUGUUGUGAUCCUUUCUCCGAUUGUUUGUGGACAUCCUGCAUCAUCAUCCCUCUCCCGUUGUAGCAUAAGAGUGUGGAGAAAUUCGACGACCGCGAGGCAGUAAUACGAUGAAAGACAAUAAUGUGAAGAACUGUUCUUGUCUGGUUCACCAGAGUGAAGCGAGAAGAAAAGAGGAACACAAGCGUCGGCAGAUGUGUUUAUGUAUUUAAUACGUUUGUGUCGUUUUCAUGCCACACACACACACACUUUCCGUUCUCAGUCGGACAUGCGUAUAUAUAUAAAGAUAUUUGCAUCCGGGGGAUAUUCCCCAGCAGCUAGUCGAAGGUGUCGCACAGGGACAUACCAUAUAUUGAGCGAAACACAAGUAAUAUUAUACUGACACAUCCGGUAUAUUGGAUGGAAGACAGAAUGUGCCCAGGGACGACAGUUAUUACAUAGGGUAACGAAUAGGUAAUACGUUUGACCGUACACACCAGGCAAGCAGGUGGCAACAUUUGUAUAGUUUUUUUUCUCUUGUAUCGUUUUAUAGUUUGUCUCGUUUGUUAUUCAAUAGUUGGAAGCCCUUUGGAAGGGCUCGUGUUCUACUCCUUAAACCGUGAACCGAUUCUUGCGAUGACGAAAUGCGUUGAUGCGUUAGAAUAAUCAAACUCAGACUGGAAAAUCGUACACUACACCACAACUAUACAACCCGACGCGUACUAUUUUGGUAGAUAGGUUUUUUGAAGAUCAAAUCCACGAUGCAGGAGCACCCUAUCCAAACGCAAACCAUAGUUUAGUGUGAACAAAAAUGAUAAUUAUACAAGUGCUUGCAAGUGGCUUAAAGCUCCAUGUGACACACGCAAAAAAAAACACAUAAAAGAGUUCAAGUGCGUUCAGAAACGAGCAAUUUUUCAUUACUUCAUUUUCCAAGUAAGGGGACUAUUUGUUCAUGCUUAAUUUUUACGUGAAUAUUACUGCAACCGUUAAAACGAUAGUAAGCACACCGGUACGCAAAGCUGACUUAUUUGUGAUGAAAAUUAUUAACCAAAUCCGCAUGAAAUUACGUUGAAACACCGCUGUGGAGUAUGUUCAACAUCUUACAUUGUAUUAUAACUUAUUCCUAAAUGCGUUGGUUUUACUUGAAAACUUUCUACUAUCCAAAUGUGUGCAAUUAAAUUGCGUGGGUCCUCUCACAAAGUUAGGAAAUUACAGAUUUUACAAGCUGAAUGAACAAUUGUUCGUUUCUGAACAUUCUUUAGGAGGAGGGCAUUAAGGGAUUGAACUUCAAUCGUUCUUUCAGCAAACUAUUUACGAAACACACUCCCACACCGUACGUACUAUUCUCCUGCAAAAGUUGCAGUUCGUGUGUUUUCACCUUUCUCGUGCAAUGAUAACGUUAGAAAUUACAUUCGCGGUCUCCUUAAACAUUGUCUUUAGCUAAACAAAUAGUGCAGACAAGAAUUCACGCAGUUUACCGGGAAAAAUAAUACCAAAUGAAAAACACAUUGUUCAUCUAUAUUUAUCGGCAAAAAAGGAAUGACUCCUUGGAGAGCCUUUUCUCCAGCAGAAGAGUUUCCAACAAUUUCCAUCCUGGAGAGAAGGAAAGGUCUGCAGAAGAAAAGGAUAUCUAGCUUAAUCGGCACCCUAUCACAAACGUCUUGCGAUUGUACUACCAUUCGUUCCGUUGUAAUGUUAGUGGAAAGCAGUUGCAUUGCCAAUACUAUUUAUGAUACUAGUUUGCUUUUCAAGCAGCUGCUUAUUGGCUUCUUAGGUAUUUUUUACUUAAUAACAUUUAAAUAGAUCACUGAUUUAGUUUAAAACUAGACUUUACCAAUUCAACCAUAUUAACCAUAUUUAUAUGAUGGGUGUGUGUUGCAAACAGAGCACUAGAACUAGUUAAACUAAAUUCAACUGUUUGUAACACACUAUGGAACGCUAACGGCCCACGAACUUUUAGUUUUUAAUAGCAGUUUAUUUUGUGUUUUUUUUUUGUCCUCGAUUCAGUUGGUCUAACACGGUAUGGACGGUUUGAUUCAAAAUCAAUCAAAAUACUUGAAAGUUGUCUAGCAUUUUGCUCCAUUGAGAGUGUUUGAUUAGGUAUAGAGCCACAUUCGAACGCUUUCAGGUCGUGUAGAGAUGCUGCCUGCAUGUAUAACAUGUAUGAACAAUUGCAUUAUAACGGAAAAAAUUAAUUGACGGUGCUAAUCACCAGAAAAUCAGUGUAAAAGGGUGCGUUUGCUGAUUGGGAAGAGCAAAACAAGCAUGAAACGGUUUUCUGUGUAUGUAUAUACGUAGCAUUAUAACGUCAGGUAAAGUUUAUCAAAAUAAAUCGAUUCUACACCG